AAUCUAUCAGACAGUCCUUUUAAAAGCUCCGGCCUUUAAAAGCAGCAUGUGUCACCUCGACUUGGCUCUCCAAAUAUCACUCCGGUAGGAAAUACGCGCGCAGAGAAGGGACACCGGAGCGCAAAACACAUCUCCGAACAACUUCGAGGCAGCUUUUGCACCAGGCCUGUUCACUGACAGAGAGGAGAAAUAUUUCUAGAAGUUGAACUUUUCUUUAAACUUGGCUGUCUUUCUGUCGGCUCAACCGCUUUAAGAUUUUUGAGACACCUGAUCUCCUGACAGGAGCGAGCAAAAGUCCAGCAGACACGGCGUGUGUGUGCGCGCACUGAGCCAUCACACCCGGCUGAUUUUGGCUCCUGUUGACUUUCAUUUUUUGAAAGAGAGUGAGGAAGCCGUGAGAUGACCCUGUCUGGAGGCAGCGAAAGAGCCAGCGACAUGUCCGGCCAAACUGUGCUCACAGCGGAGGACGUGGACAUCGACGUGGUGGGCGAGGGAGACGAGGAGUGCAUGGAGAGGGGGGACAGCGAUUGCGACAGCCCGGGGGUCGGCAUCCUGCACGACCUGCGAGGGGAACCGGGCGACGAGGACGAUGUGGAUGAUGAGAUCGAGGUGGAGGAGAAGGAGGACACGGGGUCCGGUGGAGGGAGUCCGUGCUGCGAGAGUUCAGGGGAGGGAGAGACGGGCACCGGGAAAGGAGAGGGUCACGAGCAGAGCGGAGCGCCGGGGAGCGGGCUCCAGAAACCCAAAAGCAGUCUGGUAAAGCCGCCUUACUCCUACAUCGCCCUCAUCACCAUGUCCAUCCUGCAGAGCCCACAGAAGAAGCUCACCCUCAGUGGGAUCUGUGAGUUCAUCAGUAACCGCUUUCCCUACUACCGAGAAAAGUUCCCCGCGUGGCAAAACUCAAUCCGCCACAACUUGUCCCUCAACGACUGCUUUGUGAAAAUCCCCCGGGAGCCUGGCAACCCCGGUAAGGGCAACUACUGGACCCUGGACCCAGCUUCUGAGGACAUGUUCGACAAUGGCAGCUUCCUCAGAAGAAGAAAAAGGUUCAAGAGGGUUCAGCCGGACAUGCUGAGGGACCAGACCGCUCUCAUGAUGCAAAGUUUCGGCGCGUACAGCCUCGGGGGCCCCUACGGGAGACACUACGGGAUCCACCCGGCGUAUACCCAUCCGGCGGCUUUGCAGUACCCGUACAUCCCCCCUGUAGGUCACAUGCUGCCCCCGGGCGUCCCUCUUCUCCCCUCGGCGGAGCUGAACAGAAAAGCGUUCAAUUCUCAGCUCAGUCCGAGUCUCCAGCUCCAGCUCAACAGCCUGAGCACGGCGUCCAUGAUCAAAUCGGAGCCUUCAAACAGACCCUCGUUCAGUAUAGAGAACAUCAUCGGGGUCUCCAGCGCGUCCUCGUCCUCGCCGGGCUCUGCUCAAGCGUUCCUGCGGCCUCCAGUGACGGUACAGUCGGCCCUGCUGAGCGCACAAUCCCUCUCACUGAGCCGGACCUCCGCCGGUAUCGCGCCCAUCCUGAGCGUGCCGUCUAGUAUCCUCUCUGGACAUGUUUUACCCUCAGUGACGGCGAAGUGGCCUUCACAAUGACUUACAAGCGUGAGAAAAUGAACUCUUAUUUUUAUAUAAAGACAUUGAAAUGACGGGGAGUGUGAAGAAGAGCACAAAUCAAGAAGCAACACUGGACUCUGUAGCCAUGUAAAGACUGUUGAACACAGAGCAAAGAAAAAGGAGAUAUUUCUGUACAGGUAAUAUUUGUAAAUAUUUGUAAAAAAGAUUUUACCUGUUUGACUUUUACCUGUCUUUUUUUCUUUGGUUCCUGUUUGUGGUUUUCUUUUUUAUUGGAAGCUGAACUGGACAUAUUUUUUGCUUCCUUUUCAUACAAGACACAAAAAGCUCUGAAAAAUAGUCUGUUUAUAAUUCUAUAACAAGUCAAAUAUAUGUCAUUCUAUGUAGCUAUAUUGUGUUGUAAACUGAAUUUAUUUGUAAAUAAAUCUGAGAAA